GGAAGUGACAGCGGCCGGCGGCCGAGCACUGCGGAGCGAGCCAGCGGGCCGGCGCCAGCGCCCAGCAGCCGCCUGGGGCCGCAGGAAGCACCCCGGGGAGCGGCGGCGGCGUGUGCGUGUGGCCCGGGUGCGGGCGGCGGCGCGGGAGCAGCGCAGAGCGGCAGCCGGUUCGGGCGGGCGGCAUCAUGGACGAGAAGUUGUUCACCAAGGAGCUGGACCAGUGGAUCGAGCAGCUGAACGAGUGCAAGCAGCUCUCCGAGUCCCAGGUCAAGAGCCUCUGCGAGAAGGCUAAAGAAAUCCUGACAAAAGAAUCUAAUGUUCAGGAGGUUCGAUGUCCAGUCACUGUGUGUGGAGAUGUGCAUGGGCAAUUUCAUGACCUCAUGGAACUCUUUAGAAUUGGUGGUAAAUCACCAGAUACAAAUUACUUGUUUAUGGGAGACUAUGUGGACAGAGGAUAUUACUCAGUUGAAACAGUUACACUGCUUGUAGCUCUUAAGGUUCGUUACCGAGAGCGUAUCACCAUACUCCGAGGGAAUCACGAGAGCAGACAGAUCACACAAGUUUAUGGUUUCUACGAUGAGUGUUUAAGGAAAUACGGAAAUGCAAAUGUUUGGAAAUACUUCACAGACCUUUUUGACUACCUUCCUCUCACUGCCUUGGUGGAUGGGCAGAUCUUCUGUCUACAUGGUGGUCUUUCACCAACCAUAGACACACUGGAUCACAUCGGAGCACUUGAUCGCCUACAAGAAGUUCCUCAUGAGGGUCCAAUGUGUGACUUGCUGUGGUCAGAUCCAGAUGACCGUGGUGGCUGGGGGAUAUCUCCUCGGGGAGCUGGUUAUACCUUUGGCCAAGAUAUUUCUGAGACAUUUAAUCAUGCCAAUGGCCUCACGUUGGUGUCCAGAGCUCACCAGCUGGUGAUGGAGGGAUAUAACUGGUGCCAUGACCGGAAUGUAGUAACAAUUUUCAGUGCUCCAAACUAUUGCUAUCGUUGUGGUAACCAAGCUGCAAUCAUGGAACUUGAUGACACUCUUAAGUAUUCUUUCUUGCAGUUCGAUCCAGCACCUCGUAGAGGCGAGCCACAUGUCACUCGUCGUACCCCAGACUACUUCCUGUAGUGAAAGUUUAACCUUGUACAGUAUUGCCAUGAACACCGUCUGUUGACCUAAUGGAAUCGGGAAGAGCAGCAGUAACUCCAAAGUGUCAGAAAUAGUUAACAUUCAAACUUGUUUCCACACGGACCAAAAGAUGUGCCAUAUAAAAUACAAAGCCUCUUGUCAUCAACAGCCGUGACCACUUUAGAAUGAACCAGUUCAUUGCAUGCUGACGCGACAUUGUUGGUCAAGAAUCCAGUUUCUGGCAUAGCGCUAUUUGUAGUUACUUUUGCUUUCUUGAGAGACUGCAGAUCUAGGAUGUAACAUUAACACCUGUGAGUCCAGUUGACUUCCACUUAGCUGUAGCUUACUCAGCAUGACUGUAGAUGAGGAUAGCAAACAAUCAUUGGAGCUUAAUGAACAUUUUUAAAUGAGUACCAAGGCCUCCCCUCUUGUUGUGUUCUUUCAGGGAUACUAUUAAUUUAAUUGUAUGAUUUCUCUGCACUCAGUUUCUCCCUUCUCAAAUCUCGGCCCUGCGUUGUUCUUUGUUACUGUCAGAAAACCUGGUGAGUUGUUUUGAACAGAACUGUCUCCCUCCUGUAAGAUGAUGUACUGCACAAGUCACCGCAGUGUUUUCAUAAUAAACUUGAGAACUGAGAAA